GGGGAAGAGCCCAGCCUUGAGAUAAGAAAGUAGACAAAAUAGCGGAGCCCACAGCCCCUCACUGCCUCCAGGCCCCAGGAGUUGCAGCUGCGUUGGAUGCUCUGUCUCCGGGCCGGAGCCAGCGAUGGAGAAGACCGUGGUGCUCAUUACAGGCUGCUCCUCGGGGAUCGGCCUGGGGCUGGCCGUGCGCCUGGCCUCGGACGCCUCCCGCAGGUUUAAAGUCUACGCCACCAUGCGCAACCUGGCCAAGAAGGAGCAGCUGCUGGAGUGCGUGCGGGGCUGCCACGCCAGCACCCUGGAGAUCCUGCAGCUGGAUGUCACCGACCCGUUCUCGCUCGCCGCAGCCGCGCAGCAGGUGCAGGAGCAGCGCGUCGACGUGCUGGUGUGCAAUGCCGGGGUGGGGCUGAUGGGCCCCCUGGAGACCUGCUCCUUCCAGGCCAUGAAGACCAUCUUCGAUGUGAACGUGUUUGGGACCAUUGGCACCAUCCAGGCCUUUCUGCCCGGCAUGAAGCGUCGCAAGGCCGGCAAGAUCAUCAUUUCCAGCAGCGUGGGGGCGCUGCAAGGGAUCCCCUUCAAUGCCGUGUAUUGCGCCAGCAAGUUUGCAGUGGAAGGUCUGUGUGAGAGCCUGGCUGUGAUCCUCCAGCAGUUCAACGUGCACGUCACGCUGAUCGAGUGCGGCCCGGUCAAUACGAGCUUCCUGGCCAACCUGCAGCGGACGGACGCCGAGGGCAGCGCACUGCAAGGCCUGGACCCGCAGACCUGCGCCCUGUACAGCCAGUACCUCCAGCACUGCCAGAACCUCUUCCGCGACGUGGCCCAGGACACCGAGGAGGUCCUGCAGGUGUUCCUGGAAGCCAUCUGCGCCCCCUGCCCCCCUCUGCGCUCUUUCACCACCCAGUUCUUCAUGCCGCUCACCCGGCUCAAGCUAACGAGUCCCGACGGCUCGGAGUACGUCCGCGCCAUGCACAAGUUCGUGUUCUCUGCAGGCGAGGUCCAGGGCGACCAGGCGUGAGGGGGGAGCAGCGCGGCUGUCCCAGAGCGAGGGGCAGCCCCUGUAUUGCCCUGAAUUUGUAGGGGGGCCUGUGCUCCCCCCGGAGGGAA